AUGGCGCCUUCGAUCAUUCGCCUUCCGAAUGGACGGUCUCUCACCGUAGACACUGUUUUUGGUGGUCUAUACUUCAAAUACCACGAGUUCUCCAACCACGUCGACCCCCCCUCCCUCCUCCCACGUGGCUGGACCGUCGUCCUCAACUCUGCUGAUGAAGAGGUCCCAAAAUCCGAAUUCGAAUCAAUAGACCCAGAAAGCGAAGAACACGACCCGGAACGGCAGCCGAUCCGGUCGACUCAAUCCUACAGCCACGACGAGUCCAUGCGACCGCGUCCUCGCACGACACUACACCGCUUCAAACGCCCAUCCCUCCGCAAUGACCAUCUCUACAUCUCGGGGAUUUCACACCCGAGCAACGAAGAGUCCCAACCGACGCAAUCGCCGACGCGGCGGAUCGCCAUGUUGCUGUGGUGUACGCUCCUAUGGUACUUCCAGCAGCCUCCGCCAGAUCCGUGGAUGAAGACAGCGGAGUCGACGAAUACACCGGAUCAGGGGAAGCCGAGAGGGGAUUGGCGGAUUAACAUCAAUCAGGAAGGAAUUCUCAAAGGGGGCAGGACCUUGCAGAAGUUGGAGCGUAUGGGGCUGAUAGCGAGCGAGGACAGCUGUGUGGGCGCGGAAACGGACGAACGGUCUGGGGAAGGGUGGAUGGACAUGUUCGUCAGCCAGCGGUCGUUCUGGCAGAUCGAUCCACGGAUCUUCCUCUUCAGUCUAUUACCGAUAUCGGCCUUGCCGAUUCCUUCGGGCACGCCACAUACCUCUCGCCCAAGCUCCCCAGGCCGGCAUUCGGAUGCAGUACUCGAUACUGGCAUGGUUCAUGGGUUAUGGUCUUCGAGCACGCCUGAUCCAUUCCAUUCAACCAGCCAUCUCCCUACCUUUUACCCUCCCGUACCUCCGCAAUACAUCUUCACCAACGGCGUCCGACACCCUAUCCGCCCGAAACCACCACGCCAAGGGGAGACUGUCUAUAUCCGGUUUGUCCCUAGUGUCGGUCAAUUUCUCUCCUUCCGCGUCGCCAGUUCCUCCCGCAAAUCCCCGGCAUUCGAAGGUCCCAGGGCCAUGAGCAUCGACUCCCGCGUUACAACAAGCACGAUGUCUGACACCGUGGUGCCCUCCUUCCAAAACCUUGAUAUCUCCCCUUGUGACCCCGAUCUCCUCCAUCAAUGGAUGAACAACCCCCGCAUUAGCUACUACUGGGGCUGCCAAGGGCCGCAAGAAAUCCAAGACAAAUUCCUCAGGAGCGCACUCAAGAGCCGCCACAGUUUCCCGUCGAUCGGGUGUUGGGAUGGACGACCGUUUGGUUACUUCGAGAUAUACUGGGUCAAGGAGGAUAGCUUGGGGAAACAUUUAGGUGGGGGAGUGGGGAACUAUGAUAGAGGGAUCCAUUGUUUGGUGGGGGAACAGGAGUUCAGAGGGCCGCAGAGGGUGAAGUUGUGGCUGACAGCGUUGGUACAUCAUUGUUGGAUAUCGGAUAAUCGGACGGAGGUAGUGGUGAUGGAACCGAGAGUGGACAACAAGAAACUCGAGCAAUAUUGCCUGGAGGUUGGAUUUUUCAAGGAGCAGGAGGUGACUCUCCCGCACAAGCAGUCAUACUUGUUGAAGAUUCGGAGAGAUACUUGGGUUGCGCCGGAAAUAUAA